AAGUCCUGCCCGCGGCGGGGGGAGUAUUGUUGUGGGUGACGUCACGGGCGGAGGAUGCGAGAGCCCCAUUGGCUCGGGCCGGGCGGCCGUGCGCUCGGCUCUUAAAGGGCGACGGGAGCGCGGGCCGCGCCGGCCGGCCGGGCGGGGCCCAUGGCGAGCACCAGCAGCCACCUGUAUGAUGCUGUUCCAAUCCAGUCUAGUGUGGUGUUAUGCUCCUGUCCAUCCCCAUCAAUGGUGAGGAGCCAAGCAGAUUCCAGCACUCCAUCUGUCAUUUCCACCUGUGGCAGCAGACAGGGAUCAAACAUGGAGAGCACUGCAGCUGAAUCAAGAUCUAGUUCAAACUCCUUGCAGCAGCAUACCGGACAGCAGCCUCCACAGCCUCGAAAGAAACGACCUGAUGACUUCAAAUUUGGGAAAAUUCUGGGUGAAGGAUCUUUUUCAACGGUUGUCUUGGCUCGAGAAUUGGCAAGUUCUAGAGAAUACGCCAUUAAAAUUCUAGAAAAACGUCAUAUCAUAAAAGAAAACAAGGUGCCAUAUGUGACACGAGAGAGAGAUGUAAUGUCCCGCCUGGAUCACCCUUUUUUUGUGAAACUCUACUUCACCUUUCAAGAUGAUGAAAAGCUAUAUUUUGGGCUUAGCUAUGCCAAAAAUGGCGAGCUGCUAAAGUAUAUACGCAAAAUUGGCUCAUUUGAUGAGACCUGUACCAGGUUUUAUACUGCUGAAAUUGUAUCAGCCCUGGAGUAUUUGCAUGGGAAAGGAAUUAUUCACAGGGAUCUUAAACCAGAGAACAUCUUGCUAAAUGAAGAUAUGCACAUUCAAAUAACAGACUUUGGAACAGCAAAAGUAUUAUCUGCUGACAGCAGACAAGCACGGGCAAAUUCAUUUGUAGGGACAGCACAGUAUGUUUCUCCAGAGCUGCUGACAGAGAAAUCUGCCUGUAAAAGCUCUGACCUCUGGGCUCUGGGAUGUAUAAUAUAUCAGCUUGUAGCUGGAUUGCCUCCAUUCAGAGCUGGGAAUGAGUAUCUGAUAUUCCAGAAGAUAAUAAAGUUGGAAUACGACUUUCCUGAAAAAUUUUUUCCCAAGGCAAAAGACCUUGUAGAAAAGCUAUUGGUUCUAGAUGCUACCAAAAGAUUAGGCUGUGAAGAAAUGGGAGGAUAUGGACCUCUUAAGGCUCACCCCUUCUUUGAAUCUAUUGUGUGGGAGAACCUACAUCUUCAGACACCCCCAAAACUUACAGCAUACCUACCUGCCAUGUCAGAGGAUGAUGAAGACUGUUAUGGAAAUUAUGACAAUCUCCUCAGUCAGUUUGGUUGCAUGCAAGUUUCUGGUUCUGCCUCUUCCCAUUCACUGUCUGCCCCAGAGACGAGUACCCCACAGACAUCAGGAGGCAAUAUUGAACAGUAUAUUCAUGAUCUUGACAACAAUUCCUUUGAGUUGGAUUUACAGUUUUCUGAAGAUGAAAAGAGGUUACUUCUGGCAAAACAAGCUGGUGGAAAUCCUUGGCAUCAGUUUGUAGAAAAUAACUUAAUUCUAAAAAUGGGCCCAGUGGACAAAAGAAAGGGAUUGUUUGCACGUCGACGCCAAUUGCUCCUCACAGAAGGGCCCCACCUGUAUUACGUAGAUCCUGUCAACAAAGUUCUAAAAGGAGAAAUACCGUGGUCUUUGGAGCUACGUCCAGAAGCCAAGAAUUUUAAGACAUUUUUUGUUCACACACCAAACAGGACAUACUACCUGAUGGACCCAAGUGGAAAUGCUCAUAAAUGGUGCAAAAAGAUACAUGAAGUGUGGCGGCACAGAUAUCACCAGAAUGCUGCAAAAUAGUAAAGCUCAUCCAAAAUUUCCCAGUUUUCCUUCAUGCUGCUAGAACUCGACGUGCAGCCUAUCAGAGGAAUCUUUCCAACCCAUCUAUUACCAUCUCAAGGGGAAGCAUAUGUCUAAAUGUUCUGUUUUUUUUUUUUGUUUUUUUUUUUUAAAAAAAAAAAAAGAAAAAGGAAAAAAAAAGGCUAAAACCGAAUGGAAUUCAGGGUCGCUUUGCUCGCUCUUUGUGCUUCUGUUGAGGCUUCCACAUGCGUAUCAUUGCAGUGAAGAUCUUGCUUUUGUGCCCUUCAGCUCAAUUUCUGCAGCAGACUAGUGGAUAGACCUUGUAUUACCAGCUACAUUUAAGAUGAGUUAAAACCAAUCCACACGCACAUGCCCCAAGUCAUGUACCAGCGUUACAUUUUAUGGGGCUAGAGUUUUCUGUGACUUUCACAUUAUCAUUUGAUCUAUAUUUCAUCAGGGAGCUUUUAUAUGCCUCUCCUAAGCACCACCUCUUUUCUUUUCCUUUCCUCACAGUCCCUGAGCUUAUUGGUGUAUGGCAUUUGUAGCCAGGUCAGUUGCACCCUUGUGUAAUUCUUAAUAUAGUUCUGGUUGCAGGAUUUAUGUGGUACUUAAAUAAUUAUGUGAAUGAAUCAGAUGUGUGUGUCCGGCAGACAGGCUCCAAUGAUAGAGGUUGUGAGAGUAAAAUGCUGAACAUGGCACUGAAAAUUUUCUUAAAUUGAAAUGUUGGCUUCUGAAGCAUAUAAAGUUUUAAACAUUCAGUUUAAAUUUUAAUAUGAAUCAUGUGUGCUUAAUCAAGAGACAAUAAACUUAACAGCAUGCUUUUAACUAAUACUAACUAAAAAAAAAUAAAUUAGUUAGUAUGGAGGAAAAAACAACAAUGUUAUUAUUGAAGUAGUAAAUAGUUUUUCUCCUUUCCAGGGGAUGAGAGCUAGAAGCUUUCUUUGCAGGGUGUGCAUGUUUUGUGCAUUUUAGCGGGGCCAACCUAUUUACCUGGAUAGAGAAGGAAGUGUGAAAGCUUUGUACAACUGAUUAUUUUGUUUGUUUGUUUCUUUGUAUAAUGAGGUGUACAAAUCUUAUUUUUGGUCUUUGGCCAAGUAUUUCAGAACUUUUAGCAACUCCAAAAAAUACAUACAUAAACUAAGCCAUUUAAACAUUAGAUCCAUACUGUAAUCUGGUUAAAAAUUCAACAAAAUGUUGAUACAAUGGGGAAAAUACAUGGUACUUGAGGCAUAUCUAUAAAACGAAAAUAUUUUUUCAUAUCAGUCUUUCAUCCUUUUCAAAUUAAUGCUUUUUUUUUGUGGUCAAACAUUUCUUGCAAUGUUACAAAGACUUAACUUUAUGUGCUAAAAACAACUUCCCUGUUUUCAACAUACCUGUGUUCCUGAACCUUGCAGAGAGGCAUGACCUAGAUCUGGACAAAGGCAUUUCUUCUUUGUUUUGAAAGUGGUAUAAACAUCACACCUAUUUAUUCACCUUCUACACAUAGCAUCUUUUUGUAUGUUGAGGGUCUCUAUGAUGUGCUUUUUCUUCUAUCAAGGAAAGAAAUGUUCCACUGUAAUGCUGAAAAAACUAAUGAGCUACUGUUCUGAAAGCAGUGUUUUAAAAGCAGUGGCUUAUCAAACUGUCUCAUAAAAACACCAAUAUUCAUGUAUUUUCAUUAUUGUUGAUUUAUUGUUGAUGUACUGGGUGAGGGAGAUUUAUCAUUGCUCUUUAAAAAAAAAAAAAAAGGCAACAAAAAAAAUAGUAUUAUGUGGUUGAACUUGAGAGUUCAGUUCUUCCAGCAUUUUUUAGGUUUUAUAGGAGAGAGUGCAGUUGCCUUUUCUUUUGUAGGAACUAUAUUCUUACAGUCUUCUAUUACCCCAUUACAUAUCCAUGCAUGACAAAAUUAAAUCAGUAGCUUACAGUGUAUGGUGUUAAGGGAACUAAGGUGUCCUGCAGCUGACUGAGAAGACAAAAACAGAACACUGUUCCCUUUGCAUGAGGAAUUUCACCAUAUAGAAGGUACACUCCUUGUCACUGAGAUUUGAAUAGCAUAGUAUUAUGCCUUCCACUUGUGCCUGUAAUUAAUUCUAUAUUAGCUAUCUUAAGUAAGAUGGUAAUUGUGAGUUUGCAGUGGUACCCAGUCACUCUGUAGCUGUCAAAUUCCAGCUGUAUGUUGGGUCCACUUGAGGCAACUGUAAGCUUUUGGAUUUAGUCUUUAGUAUAGAGAUGUAGACGUGUUCCUAACUUCAAACAAAUGGAGUCUGGCAGUGAUGGAGCUUCAUGAUGCUGCUGCUGGUUUUUAUAACAAAACUUAGCCUUUUAUUUGUUUAUAAAAACAAAAACAAAAAACUCUCACAGAAGUUGUUCUGCUAAUAGCAAAUUCCUUAGCUUCUGUAGGAGCUAAUGAUCUCCAUUGGCUUCUUUACCUGACUGGGUGGAAAUCUAGGAAUGCUUAAACACACAUUCUAUACCAAUUAAAUGUGCAGUCAUCUUGCCAUUCAAAAAAAAAUAAUUCUUUUUCACAUCUUGAAAAUCUUACAUCAGUGUCUUUCAUUCCUGCCUACUAAAACAUUUCAGCCAAAGAAAUAUUGGUAACAGUAAGCUGUAAAAGUCAAUCUGUAAGACUGAUGCCUGUAUUCCAGCAUUCCAUUUUUCUUUUGACAAGGCUGUCAUUAGAAAACCGAGGCUCUUAGAGGAAACCCACCCCUCAGAACUUCUGUGUUCCAAAUCAAGUAUUCCUUAGCUGCUGCUUUUUGGGGGAGGGGACCAGAAAAUUUCUGGAAUUGGUAUUUGUCUCUCUUAUACUUUAAGUAAAAUCUGUGGUUUUGAAAGGAAAAAAAGCAAUUGUGGAUUUAAGUAUACUUUACCAAUUUGUCCACUUAAAUGCAUGUUGGAAGGUGCUGCGUAUUACGAAGGGCUGUUUCCUGUUCUAGAUGUAUAUAGCAAGAUAGCUUCAAAUCUUUAUCUUGAAGAUUACUCCUAUGGUUUGUGGGAGUUCAUGGAAUGAAAUUUUCAAAGGAGAUUCUUCAGAGCUGCAAAUAAGCCAGUUGCUUUCACUGCUCUUUAUCCAAGGUCUUUCAGAGCUGGUCAUUCAAAGACCCUUCUUGACUCCUUGCUACAAACCUACUAAAAAACAAAUUUGUUUAGGUUCUGUCCCUUGUGUUUUUAAUGACUACCAGUCAAUUAUAAAGAUUCUGGUGAGGAGCGUAAUUUCUUUUGAUUGGGAUUUGAAAUUCAGGAAGGUGUUUAUUCUGUUUUCCAUUGUAUGGUGUUUAAGUCUGAAGUACCACUGCUAGAAAGGAAUUUUGAAUUAUGCUAUUCUAUUCAGUGUCCUGCCCAAUUACAGAAUGUUGAAAAUUACUUUGAUAAACUGGAGAGAUGGCUUUAUUAGGAUUGGCCUUAUAGCCUGUUUUUUUAGAAGGAUUUAUGUUAACAAAGUCUUGCCUCAGAUGUUAUAUUGAAACAUUGUGAGCAGACUGAUACCAGCUAUUAGUAUCUCAUUUGUUAAGUGCUAGAUGCAGAAUGCAUCAAGAUACCAGAUAGUACUGUGCUCCACUUAUUUUUCUCUGUCUAGCAUGAUUUAAUUGUGAAGCAUCUGCUAUCUAUAAUUCCAGGAAAAAAAUGUAGGUUGAAACAACGAUGUGAUAAUUCCAAUCUAGUUUCAUAGGAUGAGAUGCUUGAUUUAAUAUCUUUGAAAUCAUUACAUUGUGUUGAAAAUCCCCAGGGUUCUGUAAAGUUGUUUUUUUUUUAAUUAUUGAAUUUACAUGUAGGAAUGAUUUAGUAAAGUCAACAUAAUUGCUUAAGUUGGCCCGUGGACAAUAAAUAAAUAAAUAAAUAAAAUUCAGCAAGCUGUUGAAGAAAUCACUUGUGUGGCAUAGUUACCUAAAGAUAGUGUGUGGAUUGUGAUAACUUUUCUGCUACGGAAAUACAUGAAUAGGUGUGGUAUUUAUAUCUGAAGUUUUGCUGAAUGCCUGUAAUAAUUCACACAAGUAUUUUAUUAGUGAAGGGGAAGUGCUCCUGCAAAGCUUCAUGAUACAGAUUGUGUUGGUUGAUCAAAUGGGUUUACAGUAAUUCUCCAUUCCAGUUUAGCAUCUUUUCAGUUAAGACAGGAAUUCAGGAAUUUGUUUCCCUCUUUUAAAAAGUAAUACAACCUUUUAUUUAGCAAACAAUUCAAGAAGUUCUUAACCACCCAUUAAGUUGGUCUAUCUGUUGGUGUGGCAGUGAAUGUAAUGGUUGCCAUUUACAAAGCUUCCUAAGACCUUGUACUAACUCUGAUUGAAUGUGGCAUAUGUUCUAAAUUGUGGCAGAGUUUACAAUUACUGUAUCUGACAAAAAGAAAAAAAAAAUAGGAAUCAGGAACCAUAAUCUGUUUUGAUAGUUGUAUGCUAGCUGUUCUUCAGGUUGGUGGCAGUCAGUUGUGUGUACUAUUCUCUACCUGGUUUGUAGCUGUAACUGUGAUGUACAGAUAAAGGAAAAAAAAAAAACACAAACACCCCCCCCUCCCCCCAGCAACCCCUCUCCUCCAAGAACUUAUUAAAA